AUGCACCGAAGGCGGCUGCGUGAAACCACCCUGUUGGAUCGUGUGCAUGAGCACGUUGUAUUGCCUCCUAUUGUUUUGCAGGCGGUGGACACGGUGGCAUUUCAACGAUUGCGUUCUUUGAAGCAGCUGGGCGCUUCUUCAUUUCUGUACCCUGGGGCUGUGCACACGCGCUUUGAGCAUUCCAUCGGUGUUGCACAUAUGGCGCGGAACCUUCUAAUGAGCAUAAAACGCCGCCAACCGGACCUGGGCAUUGGCGAAAAUGACAUUGACAAAGCGAUGCUUGCCGGCCUCUUUCAUGACAUUGGGCACGGCCCAUUCUCACACCUUUUUGAAGAUGUCAUCACAACGCGAUGUGGUGUACCAUUUAAUCACGAGGACAUGUCCGAACGCAUCACGCGGCGAGCACUGAGGACGCUUCUACCUAUUGACGAAGUGGAGGACGUUGUUGCUCUUAUGCGAGGACGCUGUGGCCCUUCAACGAAGUACGGGGAGAUCAUUAGCAACAAACGUAGUGGCAUUGACGUGGAUAAGCUUGACUAUUUCAUACGCGAUUCUCUUUGCUGCUUUGGUAAACCGACAGUCGAUGUGCGCGUCAACCGACUUUUUAACUCCGCUCGGUUGGUAUGUGAAGAUGGCCAGUGGCAACUGGCUUUUGAGGAGAAGCUAGCGCUUUCACUGUGUGAACUCUUUACGCUGCGCGCGAAGCUCCAUAAGAAUGUUUACCAGCACCACGUCGUCAAAGCAAUUGGACAUAUGAUUGGGGACAUCUUCCAUUUGGCUGCGCCGCAUUUUGUGGUUGGAGGCCACACGCUCCUUGAGUGCGCCGCAGAUGAUGUACUUCUGUUGAAACUGGGUGACUGGGUGCUGGAGGCAAUCGAGAGUAGUUCGGACGAAAAACUGCAGCCGGCACAUAACCUUAUCGCCCGACUUCGCGCACGCGACAUCUACCGUCUGGUCUUUUCUCGCACCCUUGACCCUGAGGCUGAGCUCCCACCAUUUUGGCUGCAGCAAUUGUCGACAGACAUUCUUGCCUGUGCGUCGGUUUCGCGCCCAUUCGCCGAAUCCGACUUUAUUGCCGAUCUGGUGGUCAUCCAUCAAGGCAAGGGCCGAAGAGAUCCACUGCAGAGCGUCCUUUUUUUUAACCCAAAGCGACCGUCGCAGCCAUUGUCAAAGAUUUCACCAGGCGAACGCUACAGCCCACUAUUCACGCCUUUUGCCUUUGAAGAGCGCACGCUGAUGGUGUUUGAGCGGAGUGAUACUGCGGGCGCCGUUCGCGCUGCAUGUGAGCGACUAGUUGCGGACGAUUCGCACCACCAUUUCUUUGUUGAAACUCUACCCUUUUACAAUCAGUCUUGA